AUGCGACGAAUUACUCUUUUCCUAAUUGUCUCAUCUCUGUCGUUGAUUUCAUCUUCGCGAUUGAAAUAUCGUGCGUCGGUAAAAGAAAAUGUGGAUUUAUAUCAUACAAUCAUCUCACUCGAUCAAAUGGUAACCGUGGAUUAUCAGCAGACGAUUGAAUUUUUGAAUUUGAAUUCUCCGUACACGACAUACUUUCUCGUCGAUGGGCAAAAACUGCGUACAAGUCGGUUGAUCGACCGCGAAGAGUUCUGUCGGAUUAAACUAUGCGAAAAUUCUCGAUGUUAUCCAUGUGAGAUCAACAUGGAUUUCGUCUUGAAAGAAAACGGACAACCACGAGACAUUAUUUCUCUCAUUUUAACCGUCGAAGAUAUCAAUGAAUUUCGACCACAGUUCUUCGACGGUACACGGGACGGUCAAAAUAUCCAAUUAAAUAUUAGCGAAGGCGUUCCUGUUGGACAUGUUUUGCCAAUUCCAAGUGCGACGGAUAAGGAUGGCGAGGACGAUGAACUUGUUUACUGGAUUGAGAAAGUAGCGAAAAUCCCAUUUGAACUGAUCUCAUUCGGCUCGAACCAAAUUGCUCUAAAUGUAACUGAAUCAUUAGAUCGAGAAAUUCGCGAUUCUUAUGAACUCAAAUUAACAGCUCGUGAUCGAGGAAAUCUAACAACCACGAUCACCAUUCAUAUUUCUAUCAAUGACAUCAAUGAUAAUGUUCCAAUAUUUGAUCAGCAAACUCCGUACAUCAUCAAUAUAUCCGAGAAUCGAAUUCCAUCAUCGGAUCAAGCUGUACUUCGCGUUCACGCAGUUGACAAUGAUACGAAUGAAAACGGACGAGUUGUGUACAAUUUCAGUCCUCAAGUGUCGCAAAACGUUCGGCAAGCUUUUCGAUUGAAUUCCCAAACAGGUGAACUGUUUCUUCAACAGUCACUGGAUUAUGAACAAUGCAAAGAAUACCGUAUUCCAAUAAUUGCACAAGAUUCAGGUCCGGUAUCCGUUCCUGUUUACAAUCUCAUCAUCAUUAAUGUUGAAGAUGAAAAUGAUAAUAAACCAUUGAUCACAAUUCGUACAUCGGACUAUUUUCAAUUUCAAAAUGAUACUUUAUACAUCAGUGAAGAAACGCCAUUAAAUACGUUAAUUAUGCAUGUUUUAGUUCAAGAUGCCGAUUCGAAUCUGAAUGGAAAAGUUCGAUGUUGGAUCGAAGUGUCAGAUUCAUUGAAAUUAAAUCUUACCAAUACAUUGAAUAACAUGUUUUCAAUUUAUACCGCUCAAAUGUUUGAUCAUGAACAACAUUCGACUUAUACCUUUCGUUUGGUUGUUGAAGAUCUCGGUAUGAAACUUCGUCAUCAAACGGUUCGCGAUCUUCGAAUGGUCAUUACAGAUAUCAAUGAUUCACCACCGAAGUUCUCUCAAUCAUCCUACGGACUUUCGCUUCAAGCAGACGAAGAAUAUCAUCAACCAAUCAUGCAAUUUCAAGCGACAGACGCCGAUUCGAACGAGAAUGGUCGAAUAUCUUAUGAAUUGCUGUCCGAUGGGUAUCAACAAGUAUUUUCUCUUGAUGAAUAUACCGGCGAGUUGUUUGUGCAUAAAAAACUCCAUCAGUCGAUUUACAAUCUCACCAUUCGAGCACAAGAUCAUGGAAAAUAUCCAUCAGCAUUGCACACAGAUGUAUCAUGCUUAAUCAAAACUUUAUUUAAACCAAAAUUCGAACAAGAAAAAUAUCUAUUCGAGCACAUCGAUGAAACUGUUCUAAUGAAUUCAUCCAUCGGUUCCAUCGGAGUUCGAAAUACUCAAAACCAAUCGGUUAACUAUUCAUUAACAACAUCAGAUUUUCAAAUUCAUCCUUUCACAGGCGAGUUAUUCGUUAAUACAGUACUCGAUUACGACACCGACCCGUCAUGUCGAAAAUUCUUCGUCAUCGCUAGAAAUCUCGAUGGAUUGAAUUCAACUUGUCCUGUGGAAGUUUGUCUUCAACCUGUCAAUGAAUAUCCACCUGAAAUUCAUCUAACUUCUCGAUUAAUUUCUAUCAACAUUGACAAUAACAGCUUGGUUAACAUCGAUGCAUUCGAUCGUGACUCAUCUCCGUUGAGUUUUCUCUCGUUUCAAUGUGAAAAAUCCUCGAAAUGCAAUUUGACAUGUUCGUCAAACGGAACAAUUCUCUUUAGUCCAAGUGAACAUUGCAUCGGAAUGAUCGAUCUGCUCGUUUCGGUCAAUGACAAUGAUCAAAAUCCAACAUUUAAGAUGACAAACGACACAAUUCAUGUGAUUUUCUAUUCAAAUCAAGUCUCCAUUGAAAAAAUUCUCGCCUCAUCAAAUUACACAUACACAAUCGAAUUUAUAAUUAUUUUAAAUGUAUUUAUAGUCAUUUUAGUGGUGAUUUGUUUAGUUUGUUAUUGUACACAUCGACAACGUAAAUGUAAUUUGUUAACAAAAUCAACACAAAUCAAAAUCCUCAAAGACCAAAUUGGUUUUACUGAAAAUCAUAGUUUACUCAAUGAUGAUCUCGUCGAUAUGACAGCUAUCAAUCUGAAGAUCAAUACCAACAGUGAAACAAGUUCCUCUUACAAUGACUCAUGCUAUGGUUCAUCAGAAAUGGAUGUUCAUCAUCAUCCGCAGCAGCAAAAGUCAACUGGCAAAUUGCUCGUAUCUUCCAAUGAGAAAUACAUUGUUCUUUGUAAAGAUCAAGAAACAAGUUCAGCAUCAUCUUCUCCAUCGUCAUCAUCAACAAUUGGAAAUAAUGUCAGUUUAAUAACCAAAUAUCAAACCAAUAAACGGAUUCAAACAACUCAAUUGAAAUCAUCGGAUCAACAUCUCGAACAUUUUCCCGGCAAUCACGAAUACAAAAAGAUUUCUGGAACAUCAACAACAUUCAAUUACCGACAUAUAACACCAUUGAAUGAAUAUUAUCUCUGA